AUGUCCUCAAUCCACAGUGUCAAUCGAUCUCAUACCCAUUUGGCCUGGGACAAUAGCAUCCCUCCAGUAAUAAGAAUUGAAUCCGGAGACACUGUUUCAUUUUCGUGUUUAGAUGCGUCAAACGGACAGAUCACGAAAGAAUCGACAGUGGCGACAUUAUCGUCACUUGUAUUCGGACAAUUGGAUCAAGUCAGUGGACCUGUUUAUGUCAACGGUGCCUUGCCAGGAGACACCUUGCAAGUCGAUGUCAUAUCGGUGGAGACAGCCGACUGGGGGUGGACAGGCUUGAUUCCAGGGUUUGGCCUGUUGAGUGACGAAUUUCCUGAACCUGCAUUAAAGAUUUGGGCACUGGACAAGGAGGCUGGAUUUGCGUGGUUUGAUAAAGAGCGUGGGAUAAAGAUUCCGCUUCGUCCGUUCCCUGGUGAGAUGGGUGUCGCACCAGGAAAGAACGGCGCAUUUUCAACGAUCCCGCCGUACAAUACAGGGGGUAACCUUGACACCAGGCAACUUGGUGUCGGCUCCACGUUAUACCUGCCAAUCGAGGUCGAAGGCGCAUUAUUCUCUAUUGGCGAUGGGCAUGCUGCUCAAGGGGACGGAGGGACUGCGAUAGAAACUCCUAUGGAGGUGACUGUGCGCUUGACUGUGCGCAAAGAUCGCCCGUUCACGAAGACGCCUCAUUUCCACACCGUUCGGCCAAAUGUCAACAAUGAGGAACACUAUGGCACAACAGGGAUAGACUCUGACAUUCGGGAAGCGACGCGAUCAGCCGUUCGUAAUAUGAUUAACGUUCUUGAGGCAGAGUUUCAGAUGGACCGUGUGGCAGCGUACAUGUUGUGCAGUGUUGCCGGGGAUCUGAGAAUGCAUGAAGUUGUCGACAUGCCCAACUAUGUAAUCGGAAUGAUGCUCCCACAGUCCUUGCUACGCGGACCUACAUCCAUAAAUGCUUGA